AUGGUCUUAUAUAAAAGUGAACCAGUCUCGAUUCCCAUCACAAACCCUGUCUCUUCAAUUUCGCAUGAUCAAAUUUGGUCAAUUAGCGAAACUGGAGAACGGUUUGUAGAAUAUGCACUAUAUUUAAACAGGUUAGAUUUCUAUAAUAGGAAACAAUUCGAUGCAGAGUUGUCCUCCGAUCACAAUUUAACAUUUUUUGAUGCUUUAAAUAUUGAUAUUCAAAACCUUAAAAAAAUCUUUGAUCUAAUACCUAGUGAGUUACAAUCUACUUUGGCUAAAUAUGUUUAUCAACUAAAAACUUAUAAUUUGUAUCAGUUGAUAACAAGUGUUAAACAUUUGUUAUAUGAUAAAAAUAGUAAUCAGGAUACUUUUUCUAUCGGAGAUACAGUCGUGUUACUUAAUGAUUCUGUGGAAUUGGACAAAGACACAAAUUGUUUUUCUAUCAAGCAAAAACAGACCUUUGACGAACUUAAAGACGCAAUUACUGGCGAUGUUUUAGUGCCUAAAUAUUAUAAAUACUUAAUUGAACAGGUUUCAUCCAAUGCACAUAAUCAUGGUGAUGACAAUAAGAGUAACUCAGAGUAUAUUGUUGAUGGGUCAAUGAUUAAAAGAAAAAAUGAAUUAUCAGAAUCUAAUGAGCUUUCUACAUCGAAUAUUACCAAUAAUAUUGAAGAUUCAUUAAUCGAAUCCUUUAUCAGAUUAUUAUUUUGCAAUUCAAAUUCUGAUUUAUUAAAUGCAUUAAAAAUGAAAAAUAUUCGUCUCUACAAUGAAAUAAUUAAUUGGAAUCAAUUAAAUCAGCCAAGUAUACCAAUACUUACUUUUGAUAAACCAGCAACUUUUUUUUUUCCGACCCUACUCUCUUCCUCUUCUUCUUCACUGGCGAAAAAAUCAUUAGAUAAUACUCAUGAUGCAAAUAUACAAUUAAAUCAACAGCUCGAUAAAGGUUUAAUUGAGCAGAUUAUCAUAAAGGAUGAUUUUUCUAUUCCCUUUGUCGGUAUUACCAACUAUUUCGAUGAUUGUUUCUAUUUCAACGAUCAACUAGAAAAUGUUUCUGUAUCAUCAAUCAACAAUCCCCUAAAGGAUAACUUUACACCAACUAAUACAAAUAAUCCAAUUAAUAAAUUAAUCGAAGUUUAUCAUUUUUUACUGGCCUUCCAUCAAGUGUUACACCUCACUCUUUUCAACUUAGAUGAUUUGAUCACUUCCAUUAAAUGUACAGAUCCUUUUGAAUUGUCUGGUGAGAUAGUCAAUAUUCAGAUAAAUCAGUUCUCAGAGAAUAAGCCACAGGUUCAAAGGAGUCAAUGGGUAAGAAACCAUAUUAUUAGAGACUUUAUCAAUUCUAAAAAUGAUAAGUCUGUUCAGAACUAUGUAACAUAUGAGAUUUUGUCGAAUAUUCCAGCAAGUAAUCAAAAACUGGAAGCUAUCGGGACCAAUGGGAUGAGAUUAUAUAUUACUAUCAUUAUAUCUUUAUUAUCGUUAGUCAUUGAUGAAGAAGGCCAAUGGAGAUGUCAAAUUGUGGAAGAAUGGUUCGAUAAUAAUGAUAUUGAUGAUAAUGAACUAACGUUAGAUUCCAAAUUAUCGAACAUUUUAAAUUAUAAUGGUAUUAAUUGGGCAGAAAGAUUGUCGAAAAGAGAGUUUCGUAAUGGUUAUUGGUUGAUUAUUUUAUUGGGAGUCUUGCAAGAUAGCAUGCAUAUAUCAAAGUAUACAAGGAUUGUAAUGAAUUUUACUGAAAAAAUUGUGCCUGAAAUGUUGGAUGGUAAUGUUCCUAAAAAUAUCUUCUUCAAUUUUUGUAAAAAACUGACUAUUUCAGAGAAAGUUGAUAUACUUUGGGUCUUGACGGAUAUUCUAGCAAAUUAUUCAGAUGACAUUAAGAAAUGGAUUAAUGGUGUACCAAAGUUAGUCAAUGAAAUUAGAUAUGAAAGAGGAAGGCUAGUAAAAUAUCAGACUGCAGAAUUAUCAACAUUAUCUGAAUGGGAACCUAAAUUGGAAAUAUUUAAAGGUAACACAAACUUAGAUUCCAACCUGGUUAAGACUAUGGAGAUAGAGAUUGAUAAUAUUAAAAAUAAUAUGAAAAAAUUCACUUCGGAAAUAGAAGGUCUAGAUUAUAUGAUAAGAAAUUAUGAGGGUGAAAAUGUGCAAUUUUUAGGUGUUGAUAGAUUUUGGAAUAGGUUUUAUUGGAUAAACAAAAAAGAGCAUGACAAUAUUUUUGAAAAAUCGGUUGAUAUGGAUUCUUUAUAUUGUUGUGGCAGAUUAUGGAUACGAGGUGGGUUACCAGAAAGAGUAAAGUCUUUGUUAAACAUCACAACAGAACAAUAUGAUAAAUGGAUUGAACUGGCUCAAACUAAGGGAAAAGCAUAUGCUACCAAAGAGGUAUUUGGUGUAUAUCGUGAUUCUUCAGGUACUUAUUAUAGUGUGGAAAAUGAGGUCCAUGUGGAAAUAUUUUCAUUGAAAGGCCUAAUUGUUGGUGAUUAUAAACUUUCUAAUAUUCAACAAAAAAUUGUCACUGAGGGUCCAGAGAAUUUGCUACUAAAUUCUAAUGAAUGGUACUUUAUUAAGGAUGUUUCUUCAAUAAGAAAAAUGUUAUAUAAUAUGAAUAUAGGUGGAUUUAGAGAAACAAAACUUUAUACCAAAAUACUCUCAUUGUUACCCGAAAUUUUAACUUCUUUUGAGAUCAAAAAUAAUGUGUCUGGUAUUGAUACUUUUGAUAUAAUAGAAAAGGAAAUUUUAAAGGAGCUACAAAAAUAUGAAUGUAAUGAAGAUGAAUUGAAAAACUUGAGAUACUUAAAUGAAAAUGACUAUAACAAGGGUAAUAAAGAGAUGAUAAUUAUUAAAUCUCAUGAAUAUUUGGAAAAAUUAGCCCAACAGAUAAAUUUGGUGCACGAUACAAAACUUACCAAGAGGUUGUUACAACGUUUAAAAAAAUUAGAAUAUAGAAGAAGACUAUUUUUUGAGGAACAGGGCACUAAAACAAAUAUAAAUUACAUUGGUAUCAGCACACUGAAUUAUUUGGAACAAGCAGACGUUAAUGUGAUAGCCAAUAAGAAACUUCGAAAGCAAAUGGAUCUUCUAACAUAUCUUUUAAAUUAUAAACAUUUUAAAGGUAUUGAAACUUUAACUAAGUGGAGGAAUUCUAGCGAUGUAUUGACAGCGAUAAAUGGCAAAAUACAGGUAGAGUCACUUGUUGUAGAGGAUUUAUUGAAUCAAAUACUACAAAAAAUUAAAUCUAACAUUACAUCAAAUGAUUGGGUUCCGACUAAGAUGGAUGCAUUCUUGCAAUUGGAGACUAUGUCACAAGGGGUUCAAUCUGUUAUUCAACAAGAACAAAUUCAACAAAUUACCACGACUACAAAUGAGGUAGCAUCUGGCAUGCAAAAUAUCGUACAAAGUGGGACAAAUGUGUCAGAUAUUCAAAGUGCAAAUGCAAAUACAAAUAUAAAUACAAAUACAAACAGUAACAACAGUCUUAUUGUAAUUGAUGGUACGGUGAAGUAA